GUAGGUUUGUUUUGGUGCGUCGCACGUGUGCGCGCUUCUCUCCCGUCACGUGCUCUUUCAUGGCGCCAACGACGGACGCGACGCCAGGUGCGCACAGCGAGAUGGAGAACAACUCCGCGCCAGAAGAGCCGAAAGGAACCAAAAGAAAGAUUUCUCUCUCGAGUUGUGGCGUUUGUGGGUCGGAAGAGGCGAAGUACAGAUGUCCAGCCUGUCUGGCUAAUUCUUGCAGCUUGCUGUGUGUGAAAAAACACAAAGAUGAUACGGGAUGCAGUGGAGUCAGAAAUAAAACCGCCUUUAUAACCAUCUCAGAGUUUGAUGAAAUGACACUUCUCAGCGACUACAGGCUUCUGGAGGAUACAGGACGAUUUGCUGGAGGUGCCACCAGAGACAAACUGAUCCAAAUUCCUCGUUCCACUGCAAGAGCAAAGAGGCUUGCAGCCAACGCCAGAAAGCUAAAUAUCACCUUGAGGUUUCUCCCCAUCACCUUCACCAAGAGCAAAGAAAACUCUACGCUCUUCUUCACCAAGGAAAAACAGUUCCUGUGGCACGUGAAGGUCAUUUUUCCUCAGUGCAGCACGGAGUUCAGUCAGAGAAGGGUGUCAGAUGGACAAACCCUGGAGCAGAUCCUUAUUCCUUACAUCCACCCGACGCAGUCGGACCCGGUGACGCGCCAAAAGCUGAAGAUGUAUGUGCGCACUCCGUUCGAUCAUGUGAAAGUCUUCAUGAAAGCAGAGGGGAGGAAAGCGAACUCUGUCAGGUACCAUGAGUUGGAUAUUUGCAAGACCCUAAGGGACAACCUGAGCUACAAAACAAUAAUUGAAUAUCCUGUGCUGCACGUUGUACUCGGAGAACAUUGGAAGGAGUUUCCACUAAAAGGAUCAGCUGAUCCUGCCUCAGCCUGCAAAAGUGUUGCGUUACAAAAAGAGCUGCAGGACCAAGAAAACAACAGUGUCGUCCAAGUUUCACCAUCCCUGGGAGGAGCCUGCAAGCCCGGGGGAACCAACAUCUGGGCGGGAACCCUGGAGACCACCCCUGAAACUGAACAUCCACAAGUGAAACGGGCUAAGAGAGAAGCAGGGAAGGGAGAUGUGGAGGAGGGAGAGCUCACAGACAGUAGUGAGGAGGAGGAGGAAGGAGGAAAGGCUGCAGUAAACACUCCGCGUGGUAAGAGCGGUGACGAUUGCAAAAGCCCCGCUGAUGAGCCGGAGGUAAUUGCAGGCGAACUAAAAGGCCGCGUGGACGGUAUCAAUUAACGCAGCGCUGGCAGCAGGAGCCGGUUCAUGAAGGAGAACAUCUCCGGUUCCUUCUGAUGACCAUCGAGCUGUCAGAAAAGUGCUGAGGUCAGUAUGACUAAGGGACGUCACUGUCGCAAUGAGUCAGCUAAUGCUGCUGACAGCUGUGGCCUGGAGUGAUGCCCAGAUGUGAAAUGGACAAGGAGGCAGCCAUAUCUGACAGGAAGUCGUCCCUCGUGUGCCCGCGACCGGUGGAGCAACGUGUUCUCCGCUGUCCUGAGCUUGACAGGGAUUGAUACCGCUGUAUCGUUGUAUAUAGAUGGAAGCAAUGUUAAUGAUUAGUUAGUCUUUCCCACAUUUGUGUAGCACUGCUGCUCCUGUGCAGCAGAUGCUGACACUAGUAUCAGACCACAAUAUAAUUUGAAGAUAAUCCCAUGUGUACAGGAAACGGGGGCGGCGUGGUAUCUACUGAGAUAGAGAUUUAUAUCUCUUUAAAUCCUUAUCUCAAGGUACAUUAAAGACAUAUUUUUACUGACUAUCAGACCUCAUCUUUUCAAAAUGAUUCAUGAGAUGAUUAGCUCCAGAACACCUCAUAAAUAAAGUUUGACGCCAGAUUGUUUUGCUUCCCAGGUGAGUGCACUUGGGAACUCCAUUUUCAAAUUCUUUUCAUGAGGAGUUUGAAUCCCUUCCUGUUGAGGAAGAUCAAGUGAUAUCAUUUAAACUAGUCUCUUGCGGAUUAAUGUCAUUAUAAAGCUUAAAGUUUGAACAAAUUUUAUUUGCUACUUUGAGCCUUGCGUGUGUUUUUAUCCAUCAAGGAUCUUUAUCCUUCAAAGAGUCACGGCAUCUUGAAAAGUGCUUUAAAAAAUAUUUAGAACCAUGAAGUUCAGCAGGAGAGAGAAGUCUUUGUUUUACACUCAGUACGUCAUCUGUUCCUUCUUUGACUGUUUAUUUUUAAUUAAAAGCUUUAGCACACCAGCAUCUCUGUGCCUCCAUCACCUUUGAAGUUCAACAUGUUUUUUUUUUUCUGCCAAGCUUCAUUAAGACCAUUCGUCUCCUUUUUCCAUCAGCUAAUAAAAGUUGAUGUUGACAUGCUCGUUUUUCUGACACCUCCGGGGUGUCUCCCUGUGUGAAUGUUGUUACCCGUGCGGUGCCUCUACACACUGUAUUUUCUACCUAAUGUUAGUUUAUUAUGACACCAGCGUGCCAGUAACAACCGAGUGCGGCUCAUUGGUGGGGCCUGUGUUCAUAGAUGUGUUUUUAUAACCUCGGUUAACCCCCAUGGGCUCUUUGAUGUCUGGCCUGGGAUGACACGUUUUCCACCCUUUUCCCAGUCGGAGGCAAUGCUCACAUCUCACUGCGCAUCAGUCGGCUACAGAGGACCAACGUACUCGUUGUCCUUUGGGCCCGGCCGCACGUUCCAUGGCCGGGCAUAAUAUCCAGCAGGGUCGACAUACGGCUGGCUGGAUUCGAAUUAGAAAAUAUGUACAAAGAUGGGGUGAAAUCAUCCGUUCAUGCAAAGAUCUACUUAAAAUUCAGGUCAAUAGGCCUGCUUGUUUUUGUCUAGAAUUAAAUGUGGAGACCAGUACCACUCUCUCUCAUCCCUGCUUCCAGCAAACAGUUGUCAAAAUCCAGCAGACUGCACAAAUCAGAAAUGCACAGUGCUUUGAUAUCGUGUGUGACCUUAUUGAUGUAACAUGUCACACAGUUGAGGACAUUACAAAGUACACAUCUGUUGCUUUAUUUGUCACAACUUUGCCUGUGUUCAAUCACCAACCAUUUUACUUUAGCAGCUUUCUUAAAUUUCUCUGUCAAUAAAGACGCUCCGUGCGACCACACAAAAGCUCUGCUUUCUGGUUGCCCCUAAAAGUAAAUGUGGGCUUUUUUGUUUUUAGUCUGGAUACCACAAUUUAAGUAAAAGUCUCUUUUGAACUCUG